UGUAUCCCCAUCCUGCCGUCGAGCAAACGCGCUGCCACCAACGUCUCCGGUCUGCUACUCUGUUUCCGUUAUCGCUGUUCACCGAGCACGACGUCUCGUCUCAUAUUACUUGGUUUUCGUGGCAAUGAGUUCUUGCUGAGAAGUGCAAGCUCACAUGGGAACGGACAUGCGACGUGUACGACGGGUGAACCUCGCAUCGGACCUGCGGUCAACGUCCAGUGUGAAGCUGUGCCGGUGCGGGAGGUGCGUUCGCUUUCGUUUAUGCCCGAUCUGCGAUCGGGCUUGCUGCGCCGGAAUAUGGGGAGGCCCGCAAAUUUCAAGAUACCACUGCAAGCGACCUGCCCACGGGGCUUGUCAUAUAGAGAACCAUACAAACGAGUGAGAGUGGCUGUGGCUAUCGCAAUCACUUGCACGCUGUUCCUGUGCCUGCUACCACGACGUGGUGCUUUCAAGACAGCUCUGGAAUCGGUGAAUUACGAAGAGAUUCGUGUCAAUGUGCUCGCCAUACGCGACCGCGCAGCAAGGAACGCAAGCUACGCGACCUCACGCAGUGUUGCCGAAGAUACGACACUGGCUGCGAACAGGCACUUCGUGGUGAACACAGCACAAUGCAAGAUCCCGAACAUUGAUCCCCUCGACCCCUCCAUAGCGGCGUUUGUGAGCAAGUCGUCGCCCGUGGACUGUUCUUCGGAUUUUCCGAAUAUAACGUUUGUAAAGGAUAAGCGGAUCUAUAUAAAUGCAGCUGUCAUAGGGCGAGUACUUCAGCAGCAUUCUCUGGAAAAUGUCCACUGCUGUUAUCGACCUUUCUUCAGAAACCUGAAGCCUCGAAGUGACAAUGACGUUGUGUUUCAAAGUGAGUGCAUCCUUUUCCAGGACGGCACUAAGGCAACUCACGAGUUUGUCAAAGUGGAGUGCUACAACAAGGCAACACUGUUCUACGUCAACUACCACGCUUUCGUUUAUCCCAAGAAAUCGUACCAGCAUCGAUUCAAGGAACUCUACAAGCCAGAGCAUCCCGGUUACCAGUAUAGCGUGCUCAUAAUCGGCGUCGACGGCGUAUCCCGCCUGAACGCCCACCGCCAGUUCCCGAAAACAGUCGGAUACCUGAAAGAACGCAUGGGCGCCGUUGAAAUGUACGGCUACACAAAGGUGGGCGACAAUACUUUUCCCAACCUCGUCCCUCUUCUGACGGGCCUUACCGAAAAAGAGUUGGCCUUCGAAGUCUGGGCGGAGGGCGAAUACCUAGACAGUCUGCCCAUGCUGUGGAAGUCUUUCGCGGCCAACGGCUACAGCACACUCUAUGCUGAAGACAAUCCGACUCUCUCUACCUUCAACUACCUCAAGGAAGGCUUUCUUAACCAACCUACAGAUUACUACCUCAGGCCGUUCUUGAGCACGUGCGAGCGCGAGACAGGUCACCGCAAGCCCCUCAACUGUUACCACUGUGUCGGCGCCCAGUCAGAAACAGAAAUCGUGCUCGAUUGGCUUCGUUCGUACAAAGAACUGAUGUUAAGGUGGCCUUCCUUCGCCUUCGUCUGGGUUAACAGCGCCACCCACGACGACUUUAAUGGCGGAUCAAGCGUGGACCAUCUCUACAGGUCAUUCUUGGAAAACCUACACCAAGGAGCCUACCUGCAGAAUACAAUCGUGCUCUUUAUGAGUGAUCACGGCUUUCGCUGGAGUCCCAUAAGAGAGACUCACGCCGGAAUCCUCGAGGACAGGCUUCCCUCUCUGUUCAUUAGCUUUCCCCCAACGUUCCGGCGCCAUCAUCCGGAGAUAAUGAGGAACGUUCACGUCAACGCCAGGCGUCUAACGACACCGUUCGACCUGCACACCACUCUGGCGUGUCUCAGCAACUUCGACGGCAAGCCGAGACCCCUGGACCUGGACGACUACCCGGACCAUCUGCACUCGGCCGUGCUGGAAAGGGCGCUCAACCUGUUCGGCGAAGUUCCCUACAAUAGGACUUGCGAGGAGGCCGCGAUCGACGGCCAUUGGUGCGCUUGUAGAGAGAGCGUGGUCGAGGAUCCCAAGAGCGACGCCGUUGCACGAGCUGCGUCCGUAUUGAUCGACAACAUCAACGGAUUUAUUGCUUCUCACAAGAGCAGGUGUGCUAGUCUCAAGCUGGCGUCCGUGAAAAGCGCUCGCACAUACCUGCGUGGCUUGGCUGCAACAACUUCGCUAGACUACGUGCUUCAAGUGGAAACCGCACCAGGAGGCGCUGUUUUUGAGGCCACCGUGCGAACGUAUAACAACGGGAAGCCUGCGAAUUUACUCGGGGACGUGUCGAGAUUAAACUUGUACAGGGGUGCUGCGGACUGCAUAGAAAUUGCGCACUUGAAGAAGUUUUGUUCUUGUAUUACGGUUCACGAGAAACCUGGUCAAUUAAACAGCGUUGAUAAGAGCUAAAAUGGUGUGCGUGUUUAGGAAUGAUAUAGAGUACUGGUGACAUAUGUGGGCGCAAUAAGCGCAGGAGACACUUGUCCAAAGGUAGUAUUUUAUUCAUUUUAGUUCAUAUUAGGGUAUCUGCCUUAAAGUUACUGUAUAUCUGCUGCUUAAACUUUCUGACAACACGGCUCCUAAACAAACUUCUGCAUAGCCUUCACGCUUUGAAUGUCGAUCAAGACAAUACAGAGUUUCAAAUUUUGAUCAGAUCGGCACACUGCCAAGAGCAAUCCAACGAAUGGUACUUAGCGCACUCACACCUUAGUUAUUGAUGCAGCUAAUUCUCCCAGUCGCAGAUAAUGCAUCUUGGAAUGAUAAAAACAAUCCACUUUCUAUUAGCUUUUUGAUAUAAACAUAUAUUACCACUGACCAAAAAAUAUAUUAACAUACCUUGAAUAAGGCUGAAUAAGAUGAUGUGCUGUGUGACACCGGCUGUAACCUGUAAGCGAUGUUAUGCACGAAAAAUAAAAGCGGUAGCAAUCUUUCGCUUUUUAAAGAGUGCGAAUUGGCAUUGCGAUUUCAUUUCGCAAAUCUUUCACUGACUACUUUCCCACUCAUUAAAAUGGAGACUGAUACAACCUUCAUCAAGGUAAUCAAAAUAAGCUGGUCCAUGGGUUUUAUUAUUUGCCCACAAUUCAAAUGAAUGUAGAUAAACGAAGAAAACCUCGUCGAACUACUUUAUGCUGUACUUAAUACACAUGUGAAGAAAAAAAUGAUAAGCAGCAAUGCGAGACCUCAUACAAUUUAUUUGGUUUCGUUGAUGUUAAAUACAAUUCAAUUGUUUUCGAGGGGGGGGGGGGUCGGAGAAGAUCAAUUGCGAUUCCACAAAAUAUCUGUUCACUGAGCAGAAUAUCCCGUCAAUAUGGCACACCAGACCUUGGAACGCUACACUGCGACUGACGAUCAGCUUAUGGUCUAACCAGCUCAGGCAAUACGGUAAUGCAAUGUACUGUAUAGUGUACAAUAAAUAGAUUCGGUUGGGUC